AUGACAUCCCUCAAUGUCUCGCACAAAUGGCAGCUAUGUUCUAUUCCGAACCCGUUAGGUGGCUAUAGAGCGGAUAAAGAUCAAACUGUCAAAAGUAGAUGGGAAAAGAAAGACUAUAACAUCAAAGAUGAUCACCAAUCUAGUGGUGUUUCUGUGUUACCACUGCAUUAUCCAUCAGCAAGCGUCAUGUGGACAUUUUCUAAAACUAACAACGUUAUGAAAUUGGUAGUAAAGAUUGUGAACAAGAUUAGAGCUGAAGCGUUACAAAGAAGAUUAUUCAAAACUUUGGUCUAUGAAAUUGACUGUCAAUACGGGGAACUACUUCUUCACUCUCGAGUCCGAUGGUUAAGUAGGGGACGAGUGCUGAAAAGUUUUAAUGAUAUCGUAUCUGCCAUAGUUCGAUUUUUCAAACAACAUGAUGAACCGAUUCCGGAACUGGAAGAUUCAAUCUGGCUUAGGGAUUUUGGUUUUCUUGUGGAUAUUAAAGAAAAAUUAAAUGAACUUAAUUUGCAGCAUCAGGGAAGAGACAAAGAACUAGCAGAAAUGAUUUCUGAUCUCUGCAGACAAUUUGAAUCAGGUCACUUUGGCAACUCUUUGUUGGCUGGUGACAAAGGUUAUCCUAUUAAAUGCUAUUUGAUGACACCAUUAAAUACAACUACAACUCCUGCUGAAGAAUUAUACAAUGAAUCUAUCACUCGUAGUCGCAAUGUUAUAGAGAGAAGCUAUGGAGUUUGGAAAAAAAGAUUUCCAUGUCUAGCUAUGGGUCUCAGAGUUCAUCUAGAUACAGCUCAAGCAGUUACUCUAGGAACAGCAGUGCUACAUAAUAUUGCUUAUCCUAAUAAUGAAGCUAUGCCCCUAUUAGUCCUGAACAGGAAAAUGCUAUUGACAUGGUUCAUGUAG